GUAUAUAUAAAUUAAAGUUGUCUAGAUAUUCGACCAGCAGAAAUCAAUCAUAAUAGUAGUACUGUAUGUCCUUAUAUACUAGUGAAGUACAUGUAAGUGAAGAUAUAUACUGGAUGUAGUAAUGCUCAUAUCUUUUUCUGGAAUAUUCUUUCAUGGGCCGUGGCAUCAGGUUCAGUUCCUUCACUCGAGCUCGAUAGCAUAUGCUCUUCCCAUGUGCCAGCUUGCCCAACUUGCUACUUUAAAAUCUCAAACCCAUUUUUAUUCCAUCUUCAAAAACCCAAAUAAUAUCUCGAAAAGCCUUCUAAUCCAUCGUCUUGAUUUCUCUGUCACUGGUCGCUUCAGUUCCACUUCUUUCGCCGUCAUGGCAACCCCAGAAGCCGUCGUUAAGAAAGAUGUGUAUUCGGUCUGGGCACUUCCACCAGAAGACGUUCGUGUCCGGGUGAAGAAGUUGAUGGAAGGUUUGAGAUCCGAGUUCGGUGGGCCACAGUUCGAGCCCCACGUUACGGUUGUUGGGGCCAUCAGUUUAACCGCUGAUGAUGCGUUGGCUAAGUUCAGGUCAGCCUGUGAUGGGCUCAAGGCUUAUACUGCUACCGUCGAACGUGUGGCCACUGGAACUUUCUUUUAUCAGUGCGUCUUUUUGCUGCUUCACCCCACUCGCGAGGUGGUGGAAGCUAGUGCACAUUGUACUGGCCAUUUUGGUUACAAGAGUUCCACACCAUACAUGCCACAUUUGAGCCUCCUGUAUGCCGACCUGACAGAAGAAGAGAAGAAGAAAGUUCAAGAAAAAGCUAAUAUACUUGAUGAAAGCAUUGGCAGCCUGAGCUUCCAGAUAAGUCGUCUUGCAUUAUAUAAAACAGAGACUGAGGACAAAACUCUCAAAUCCUGGGAGAAGGUUGCUGAAUGCAACCUCUGCCCAAAUUAGCUCUUUCUCAUCUGUUACUCAUGCAAAUAGCACCUAAUACAACGCAUAUAGGUUGUAAUAAGACUGACCUCGUCAUCUUACCUAUAUCAAUAAUAAUGUACCCGUGCAGGUUCUUAGUAAUUACUAUGAGUUAUGAUGAUGCACUAUAUCUUAUUGACAAUUAGAUGCCUUUGAGGUUGCGUACUUUAGAACUGCCACUAGCCAAUAAUAAUAUAGGCAAUUUGCCAAGUCCA